AUGAAAAAAAACUCGGAGGCGCAACAGGGCACGACGACAUCGCUCUUGCCAAGGCCUACCCAAACCGCAAGAUCGUCGUCCAAGACCUACCACCAGUGGCCCCCGUCUUCGGAGAACGAGUUCCCUACUGACUUGAGAUCUUGCGUCUCCCUCCUGACCCACAACCUCUUUGACCCGCACCCCUUUUCCGCCGCCGACAUCUAUAUCCUCAAGUGGAUUCUGUAA